AAAAUAAAAAUAAACAUUCAGCUGAAUCAAAAAAAAGCCCAGCCAUGGGAGAAAAUGCAAGCUUUUGGGAAAGCUUGAUAUAUGCACAUCCUACCUGCACAACGUGGAAGCAAGAGGCAGAGGGAUCUAUCUACCAUCUGGCCAGCAUUUUCUUUGUUGUUGGCUUCAUGGGUGGAAGUGGAUUCUUUGGGCUACUUUAUGUCUUCAGUUUGCUUGGAUUGGGCUUUCUCUGCUCCUCUGUUUGGGCUUGGCUGGAUGUCUGUGCUGCUGAUAUAUUCUCUUGGAACUUUAUACUCUUCGCUAUAUGCUUCAUACAGUUCAUUUAUGUUACCUACCAAGUUCGGAGUGUGUCCUUUGACAAAGAAUUCCAGGAACUCUACAGCGCUCUUUUUCAGCCCCUAGGAAUCUCCUUAACUGUCUACAGGAAGAUUGUCUUGUGCUGUGAUGCAGAGGUGGUUACUCUGGAGAAGGAGCACUGUUAUGCUAUGCAAGGCAAAACCCCUAUCGAUAAACUGUCCUUGCUUGUAUCAGGCAGGAUCAGAGUGACAGUUGAUGGAGAGUUUCUGCAUUAUAUUUUUCCUCUUCAAUUUCUGGAUUCUCCUGAAUGGGAUUCACUGAGACCUACAGAAGAGGGUAUUUUCCAGGUAACGCUUACAGCAGAGACAGAUUGUCGAUACGUGGCCUGGAGGAGGAAGAAGCUGUACUUGCUCUUUGCUAAGCAUCGUUUCAUCUCGCGCCUGUUCUCAAUACUAAUUGGAAGUGACAUUGCUGAAAAACUGUAUGCCUUGAAUGACAGAGUGCAAGUGGGGAAGGGAUUUAGAUACGACAUUCGGCUGCCAAACUUCUACCAUGCUUCGCUUCCAGAGACACCUACAGUGAAGUCCUCUCAUCACCUCCAGAGAAGUUCUCCGAGGCGGAAGCUGACGGGUGUUGCAAAUUGUGACACCUCCAGGAAACAAUAGUGAGAAGAAAACUUCUACUGUAGUCAUUCCCAGCACUGAUGGGGAAAUACAAAACGCUGAAGCAGAGUGAGAGCUGGUGAGGUCAAAUUUGACAGAAAAGUGCCAUUUACUUUAGUUGAAGUAGCUUGAAUUCUUCCCCCUCCUUGUAGAGCCAGCUGGUUGGCUUGUCCAUUUUGACUAAUCGUGCGAUACGUUUAGUUUCUUUGGAUUCUUUUAUUGUUACUUUUGGAGGAAAAUAAGUCAUAAUAAAUUGAAAUGUUACUGUGAUUGUGAUGGCCUCUACAUUGUGCUUUAAAAAAAAGCACACUAU